AUGGCCGACCAGGAUCAGAAUGCCUUAUUUGGGCUCGACGAGUCUAACCUCGGCGUGGCGCCGUCUUUCCUUGACGAUCAAGACCCCCAGACCGUGAAAUCUGAUCCCAACGGUCAACCAAACAUCGCCGCCGACAACCAGUCCUUCUAUGACGCCAAUUGGGGCUUUCAGGACACACCCCCGUACGACUCCUACAGCAUCGCUGCCACCACCGCCGCAGGCGCCACUUCUCUCUUCCAGACCACCGCUCCGUGGGAGCUCUCUCCGAACCAGCAGCAUCAACAACAACACCUGCCGCCCAACGUUUCCGCCGCCAUCGAUCAAUCCAUCGUCGCUCCGGCCGGCUUCUAUGCCACUCCCGCCACCUCCAACCAUCACCAGCGAGGAGGCCACCCUCACACCCUCCCCGACACCACCCUGAACCUCCUCACGCCCGCCCAACAGGAGAAGCUGCGGAAUAUCGCCAUGCCCGCCCAUCUCCAGUACCAGUCACCCAAGAGCGAGCCGAGCCCCGGAUCUGCCACGAGCGACCACAAGGCAGCAGGACUGUCCUCUCCGGAUGCCCACGACUCGAGCAAGGCCAGCAGGAAGCGCAAGUCGUCCGCCGACGUUGACGAUGAAGAUGACGAGGACGACGAGAACCAGCCCGUCAAGAAGACGGCACACAACAUGAUUGAGAAGAGGUAUCGAACCAACCUGAACGACAAGAUUGCCGCCCUCCGAGACAGCGUGCCCAGUUUGAGGAUCAUGUCCAAGAGUGCCAGGGGAGAGGAUACCACCGAGGACCGCGAGGAGCUGCACGGCUUGACGCCUGCCCACAAGCUGAACAAGGCUACGGUCUUGAGCAAGGCGACAGAGUACAUCCGCCACCUCGAAAAGCGAAAUAACCGAUUGCUCGACGAGAACAGCGCCAUGCAGAACAGAAUCGCCGCGUUCGAGAAGCUCUUCAUGGCCGGCGCGAUGAACGGCGCGAUGAGCCCUCUCCAGCAACCGCCGACCCCGAUGCAGUACCCGCAGGACCAGUACAUCAACACGCCCAUCGGCACCCCCCGCGGCGAGUCCGCCCAGGGCAUGAUUCCCGUGCCCGAAGACAUGAAGCGCAUCAUCUCCGCGCAAAUGGCCUCCGGCCAGCCGUAUCCCGUGCCGCAACAAGCGUACCGCGGAAACCCCGCCCUCAUGCGGCAGCAACAGAUCCAGCAACAGCAGCAGCAGAUGCAGCAGCAAGGCCGCUGGGGCAACUCGAGCCAAUACUUUGGCAAGCUCAUGGUCGGUUCUCUUGCUGGUCUCAUGAUCAUCGAGGCCGUGCGAGAAAACGAGCAGAGCAACGAGAGCCCCGAGGGCCGCGGCCUGUACGCUCUCCCCGUCCAGCUUCUCAGCUACCUGGGAUCGCACUCACACAUGCACAUUGGCGGGUACUACAUCUCCCCUGCCCAGAUCAUCUCGCAUCUCAAACUUUUGCUCUUCCUUGGCACCUUCUUGUGGGUCUUUGUGCCCUCGCUGUUUGUGCCGUCCGACAAGAAGCCAAAGAAGGCGCACCAGCUCAGGGAGUCUCUCAAGGCGGCCGGAUCUGUGGCGUCCCCUAUUCACGUGCGUCGUCUGGCCUGGUUGACGGCCAUCCAGACCGUCUGGGUCCCGAAACACAACUUCAUCCUCGAGGCCGCUGCUCUGAUUCUCAAGACGAUGAAGCUCAGCCUCCGCAAUGCUAUUGGCGUUCACGGCUACCAAAUGCUCACCGGCCUCACCGAGGAGCAGGAGGCUGCUCGCGUCAAGGCGUGGUCCAUCGCCCUCGACGCCCAAUUGGCUGGAGGUGACGUGGAGAUCAACAAGAGCCGCCUGACUCUCACCCUCUUGGCAUCCGGCACACUCCCCGACACCCCGUCCCGACUGAUGCUCAAGGCCCUUCACGUCCGCGUCCUCCUCUGGGAUCUUGGAUCCAAGGGCCUGCACAACACUGUCGCCAAGAAGCUUGCCCGCUCACUCUGGAACGACGCCAGGAACAUGAACCGUGCCCUGGCCCAGCUUCGCCGCAACUCCGAGCAGGUCGAAGACGACCUUCCCGAACACCUGGCCGCCCUCAUCGAGCAAGAAUGUGACGUGGUUCUCAACAACAGCGUCAUCCAGCGAGCCUACAACCUGGCGUGGAACCUGGCAACGACCGAGGGUGUCACCGAGCACAACGACGGCAUGGAUGCCGUCGUCGACGAUCAGGCUGUGCGGUCCCCGCUGGAUGCCGUCGCUGCCUGGUGGUCCAGCCAGACCAUUCAGCGCGCCCUGGUCACCAGCCUCGAGGCCACCAAGGAUGAUGGUGACGCCCCCAGGGUCGUGUCGACCUGUUUGGAAAACGCCCUCAAGACUGCACCCAUCGGCUCCGGCGUCCAGGCUCGUGCUCUCGUCGCCCGCGCCGUCCUCGUCGACGAGAAGCGCGGAGCCAACAUUGCCGCCGCCCUCCAGAACGUCCAGCCCACCUCUGAGCAAAAGUCACUACACCAGAUCGCCGCCAUCAUCGACUCUUCUUCCAUGGUCCAGUCCCCCGAUGUCCAGAUGGCCCUCAAGUGCGCCAUGGCCAUCGCUCACCUGCAGCGCGCCAAGUCGACCGCCGCCUACCCCCAGGAAGGCCUCCGCCUCGUCGAGAAGAUUGCCCGCCCCAGCGCCACCGCCAACAUGUCCCUCCUCGGCUGCACCGCGCUGUUCAAGCUGAUGGAGGAGCUCUACGCCCACCGUCCGUCGACCGAGUCUUUCAGCACAUCCCUCGAGCGCCUCGCCGGCAGCCUGCGCAUCUGGAUUGGCAGCGCGCCCGGUGAAAAGUGCGGUCUGGAGCAGGACGUUCGCCACAAGAUGGUCGACCGCUGCCUCAGUAUCACCAAGAGCGUCGUCGGCAUGGAGACGGACACGGGCUACGGCAGUAUGAGCGAGUGCGAAGAGGACGGGUGCUGA